AUGGAAAAAGGUGAACUUAGCAACUUCUCCGAGUCAAAGGAGGGAGGUAACGAUGGUAGAAACAUUAUACAUAUCGGAAAACUAAAUUAUAAAAAAGACUUCCCGGAAAGUGCAGCUGUAACCGAGAUAUCCUGGAGUCGCGAAAGAAAACUAACAAAUUCCGUUAAGUUCAUAAUGCUGCAAAUUGUGGACGUCUAUUACCUCCUCAUUUUACUAAAUCGUUUGCGACAUUUACAACUUAAUAGUUCAAUUGAUGAGUAUGAAGAGGAAAAUGAGUCGGAGGAAUUGGAUGAGGAUGGAAUACGAUGCGAAGAGUAUUAUCGUCGUAGUCGUCAUCGCUUUUCGGUCCACCUCGUGCCAUCCGUUUCGGGAUAG